GAUGCAGUGAGUUCAGCUCCCAGAAAGGGAACACACUGUAGGACAGUCCCAGAAGAAGACACCAACACUGAGAUAAGCAGCCAGAUCAGCGAGUAGAGGUCGGACAGGAGUUGGUGUGGGGCUGGGGUUUGGUUCACCAGGUUGUAGGCUGGUCCUGCAGGCUGGAGGAAAGCUGAAGAAUUAAGAGAGUCCUGUUUCUUCUGACCCCGCUGCCACCUGUCUAUCAUCAUGGGAGAAUGGACCAUUUUGGAGAGGCUGCUGGAGGCAGCUGUCCAGCAGCACUCUACCAUGAUUGGAAGGUGGCCAGACAAAGGAGACCAAAGGGAUGUUCGUGUUGCUCUGUUUCUGCUGGAUAUGAUCCUGCUGACAGUGGUGGUCAUCUUCCGCAUUCUCAUAGUUGGAAUAGUGGGCGAGAAGGUAUAUGAAGACGAACAAAUCAUGUUCAUCUGUAACACCAUGCAGCCCGGCUGCAACCAGGCUUGUUAUGACAAGGCGUUCCCCAUCUCGCACAUCCGCUACUGGGUCUUUCAGAUCAUCCUGGUGUGCACACCAAGCCUGUGCUUCAUCACGUAUUCUGUUCACCAGUCUGCCAAAGCGCGUGAUCGAAGCUAUUCUCUGCUCCAUUCUCACAUGGACCACCACGGGCACGGUCACCAUGGUCGCCACCAUGACCAUCAUGUUCGCAAACUUCACUCACGCAACAUCAAUGGCAUCCUGGUGCAUCCAGAAAGCAAAGACGAUCAUGACUUGGACGUCAAGGAGAUCCCCAAUGGACCUCGUGGGGCCAUUCCAACGCACAAAAGUGCAAAAGUUCGGCGGCAGGAAGGCAUCUCUCGUUUCUACGUCAUACAGGUGGUGUUUCGCAACGCGCUGGAAAUUGGCUUCUUGGCUGGCCAGUAUUUCCUGUAUGGCUUUAAUGUCCCAGGGAUGUUUGAGUGUGACCGCUACCCAUGUGUGAAGGAGGUGGAGUGUUACGUGUCUCGUCCGACAGAAAAAACUGUCUUCCUGGUCUUUAUGUUUGCAGUAAGCGGCAUUUGCGUGCUGCUCAACCUGGCUGAGCUGAACCACCUUGGAUGGAGAAAGAUAAAGACGGCCAUGCGAGGUGUGCAGGCCCGAAGGAAGUCCAUCUGCGAAGUACGCAAGAAGGACGUCUCACACCUGUCCCAGGCCCCAAACCUGGGCAGGACCCAGUCCAGUGAGUCAGCGUAUAUGUUGCAAAAGAGCUGGAACGCAACAACACAAGGCCAAGCUCACUUCUAUUCAUCUGAAAGCUACUACACCACGACCAGCAUGGCAAACAGGGGUCCAGCAUAUGGCCUGAGCCGCGAGGUUCAGAGUAAAAUUGAUAAGAAGUAUGACCCAGAACUGGAGGGGAGGCUGGUGGAGUGGAUUGUUGCCCAGUGUGGCCCUGGAGUCGGGCGGCCAGAGCCAGACAAGACUGGCUUCCAAAAGUGGCUCAAGGAUGGAUGUGUACUAUGUGAGCUCAUCAACAGCCUGCAUGGAGCCAACAAACCAAUCAAGACCAUUAAAACCUCCAGCAUGGCCUUCAAGCAGAUGGAACAAAUCUCCAUGUUCCUUAAAGCUGCAGAAAGCUAUGGAGUCAUCAAAACAGACAUGUUCCAGACUGUAGAUCUUUAUGAAAGCAAGGACCUGGCUGCUGUUCAGAGGACCCUGCUGUCCCUGGGUAGUUUGGCUGUCACCAAGGAUGAUGGAAAUUACAAAGGAGAUCCCAACUGGUUCCCGAAGAAGUCACAGGAGAACAAGAGAGAGUUUUCAGAGGGUCAGCUGAACGAAGGCAGGAAUGUCAUUGGGCUUCAGAUGGGCACAAACCGAGGAGCAUCUCAAGCUGGUAUGACAGGUUAUGGACGGCCGAGGCAGAUCAUCAACAACCCCUGAAGCAGGGCUGUUCUUAUACUCUCCUCCUCCUGCUCUCUGAGAGGGUCCUACGACUAGAAAUUGAGAAGCUAUGACUCUGACUUUGGCCAUGAGGAGAAAAGUGACAUUACUGUUUAGGACAAAACUGGACCAAAUUAGGGACUAAAGAGAACAUGUGCAACACAUAUUACAUUGAGACCUUAGGCUGAUUCCUAAAAGAUUAGGUACAUUGUAGAUUUAUAGCUGUCCUCUGCCUGUCUCUUGUGAAUUACCUUUUUAAAUCCUUUGUUGCAUGUUUCAUUCAUGACCUGUAAGAGUAAUUUGAAUUUCUGAAAUUGGCUUUCUGUGGGGAGAUUAUGAGCAGAGACUCUCUUGCCUGUAAUGAGUAACACACUCAAAGUGUUCAUUUUAAGUAAACUCUUAGAUUUCACUGGAGGCUAAAGCUAACAGCUAGUCAGAGUGGGCCCAAGUAUAAUUAAGCACUACCAUCUUAAAACACCUCCAAUCUCAAUUAUGACUUUGUAGUUCAUGUGAAUAUUGUCUUAUAAAACUUUAAACUACAAUCAAAUUUGUAUUGGAUGUAUUUACACAGAGGUCAAUUGGUAUUUUACAAUUAGUUAGUGGUCCAUCACCAUAACAUACUAAUGUCAAACAAACUGCUAAAUGGUAUCUGGCCUGUCCUGUCAUUUACAAAAAUUGUUGCAAUAUAAAAACAAUUUGAUGAAGUCAGAUUAGCUCAACGAGUUGCAUUUUGCAAGUGGUUUCACAUGGCAAAGCUGAUGCAUAAAACACCAUUGAUGCCUUUAAUAACAACUACCAUAGGCUUCUAUCUAAGUAAAGCCUAAUGCACGAUAGCAGUUUAAAGGUUUAUAAACUAGUUGGGAAUAAACUACUGAGACUGUGUUUGUUUGAAGAUGCAUGAUUGCAUUUUGAUUUAGGGCCUAUUUGGAUUAGCCUUAGCUUGAGUCUACUGGGAAAACUAUCCUAUGAGAAAUCACUAAGAGAAAUACUUAAUGCAGGUAAGAUAUUGACAGCUCAUUACCUCUCAACAGAAAAAAAAAAAGUGUUUUGUGAAUGCAAUCAUUGACGAUUGAUUUCUUCUCUUUUAAUACUUUCAGGGAAGUUGGAAAAAAUGUUUCAUGGAACACUUAGUUCUCUAUGUUCUCCCCAACAUUUCAUUAUUGUAACCAGUAAGCAGCUCUUUUUGAAAAUAAAACUUCACCGUGUGGUGCAUUCAAGGA